CCUUUUGCGCGCAGCUUCCUUGCUCGUGAGGUUGCGUUUGCGAUUGGUACUGUCUACAUCAUUUUUAUGGAAAUCUGAUAAUGAAAUAAUUGUCUUGUGUUGAAUCAAAUAACUCUGCAGAUGGUCAUUCUCUUUGCAAGUUCAUCCGUGGCUAUCAAAACCCAACUGGCAGUUCUUCUUUCCUUGGAGGUUCGUGAAUGGUCCAGAGUGGACAUUUUGUUAGCGCCUUCAAGGUUUUUGAUUCGCGUUGCCGGUGAAUUUUAGCGUAUAGUCGGGACAGCUUUGGUUGCCUUGGUGUGUUUGGAAGAGAAUUGAGUUUGCUGUGAAUUGAAGAAUCUCUGUGAUUUUUAUUUGUGAUGGGGGGAAAAAGUUCGAAGGGCUCGGGUCGGAGAGGAGUGGCGUCAUAUGGGCCUGGUGGUUCUUCAUCACGGAAUCAGUAUGGGUAUGCACAACCAUCGUACCCUCAGCAAGACCCUUAUUACACGCCUCAGCAUCCCCAUGCUCCACCGCCCUCUACUUCUUUUAAUUAUGGCUCGCAACCAUCUUUUAAUUAUGGCUCGCAACCAUCUUUUAAUUAUGGCUCGGAGCUACCCCAGCCACAGAGAACAUUGGAUAGAAGAUACUCGAAGAUUGCAGAUAACUACCGGUCCUUGAAUGAGGUUACUGCUGCUCUUUCACAUGCUGGCCUAGAAUCUUCUAAUUUAAUUGUUGGUAUUGAUUUCACAAAGAGCAAUGAGUGGACAGGUGCUAGGUCAUUCAACCGACGAAGUUUACAUCACAUCGGAAAUGGUCAAAAUCCCUAUCAACGAGCAAUAUCAAUUAUUGGAAAGACUUUAUCUGCUUUCGAUGAGGAUAACUUAAUUCCCUGUUUUGGAUUUGGAGAUGCAUCUACACAUGAUCAAGAUGUCUUCAGUUUCUACCCAGACGAGAGAUAUUGUAAUGGAUUUGAGGAAGUUCUGACACGAUACAGAGAAAUUGUCCCUGAACUGAAACUCGCAGGACCAACAUCUUUUGCACCUAUAAUUGAGAUGGCCAUAACUAUCGUGGAGCAAAGUGUUGGCCAAUACCAUGUUCUAGUGAUAAUUGCUGAUGGGCAGGUGACAAGAAGUGUUGAUACUCAGUCUGGCCAACUUAGCCCACAAGAACAAAAGACGAUUAAUGCAAUUGUAAAAGCAAGUGAGUAUCCUUUGUCAAUAAUAUUGGUGGGGGUUGGAGAUGGGCCUUGGGACAUGAUGAGGGAAUUUGAUGAUAACAUCCCUGCUCGAGCCUUCGAUAAUUUCCAGUUCGUGAAUUUCACGGAAAUCAUGUCAAAGAAUGUGGAUUCAUCUAGAAAAGAGACUGAAUUCGCUCUUGCGGCCCUGAUGGAGAUACCUUCUCAAUAUAAAGCUACUAUUGAGCUUGGGAUAUUAGGUAGACAAAGGGGGAAUUCUAUAGACAGGGUUCCUCUUCCCCCACCUCAAUAUGGUUCAGGUUCUAGAAGCUUGAAACCUCAGCAUUCAAGCAGCUUUAAGCACUCAUCUCCUUAUGGUGGAUAUGAUCCUCCUUAUACUGGAUAUGAUGCAGCAGUUGGGACAGGAUAUGAUGCUGCAGUUGGGACAGGAUAUGAUGCUGCAGUUGGGGCAGGAUAUGAUGCUGCAAUUGGGACAGGAUAUGAUGCUGAAGUCAGCACAGCUCCAUCAUCAAGUUCUCUCUACGAUAAUCUGGUUUGCCCUAUUUGUCUUACUAAUCGAAAGGACAUGGCCUUUGGUUGUGGGCAUCAGACUUGUUGUGACUGUGGAGAAGAUCUCGAGGUGUGCCCCAUUUGCCGGCGGGCAAUUGAGACUAGAAUAAGGCUCUAUUGAAUGGCUUUGCUUCACAUCUCUGAGAUUAUUAUAGCUCAUGUAUGGUUCAGUGGAAGCUGCACAAUUUAUCAUGAUUUAUUGGCAGCAAUUUUGCUUUAGGGGCACCAAAGGUUAGCUGUUGAAGAGCAUUUAUCAAGUAUUACCUUUCUCUUCCCCCAAUUAUAAUAUACAAAUGGUUUUCGAUGAGCUACGUCAGAGAAUGGGAAGUUUUGGGAUGUGCAGUGUGGAUAUAUUCCUUGGGCUAAGGCACAAGGCUGAUCCAAAGGUAUUGCAUAAAUACUAGCCUGAUAGAGAGCAAGGCAAAUGGGAUGUUGUCUUUAUGAGAAGGGAGAUAAAUUGGUUGGAGUUUAGCCAUUGGCAUCUCCACUCCCAAUGCCCCCUAAGCUUGAUGGCUUUGCUAAAGCUGCUUAGUUGAGGACAGUUGCAGAUCUGGAUUUGUUCUGCCUCUUCGGAGCCAAUGAUAGAUUGUUAUCUGGUCCAUCCUCAUUUUUUCAUUCUUUUUUAUUUUUUUAAUAUUUUUUUAAGACUUUGUUUCAUUUGUUUUGGUAGUAUCCGUACUAGUGAGGAGUGCAAAACUAGAAAUCCAAGGUGAUAGGAGUAUGCUCUGUUUUAAUGUAAUUUGUAACACAUGAACAUAAGUUUGGGAUUGUACGGAAAUAAGUGCUUUUCAUGGUUGUUGCUACUUUAA